AUGGCAGACGAUGACUAUUUGCGUCGUUUUGAGGACGAAGUCGUUUUUCUCACCGGUGCCACCGGCAGCUUGGGCGGUUGUUUGCUGUACAAGCUGGCCCUGCGUCUGCCCACCAAGAAAAUCUACGCCUUGUGCCGCGGAUCCGUGAGCGAUGCAGUUCGUAAAUGGGAGUCUAGCAUGCCGCAGCAGAUCGACGAUAUCCUCGAUACUGGAAAGGUCGAAUUGAUCACCGGCGAUUUGUCCAAACCAGGCUUGGGACUCAAUCCGGCCGUCCGCGAGAAACUGCGCAGUGAAGUCACGACAGUCAUCAACACCGCUGCGAAUAUAUCGCUUGUCGAGGAGCUCGAAAAGUCCGUCCGAGACAAUUGCCAGACAGCAACUGCUCUUUUCGAAAUGAUCGCUGAUUUUCCCCAUGUCCGCUUGUUCAUUCACUUCUCCAGCCUUGCUGUGAACGGUUUCCUGCCUGGAGGAUCGAUCGAAGAACGAAUAUAUUCCCCUCCUGAUUCUCCGGAUGCAAAUAAAGAAGCGUUAGGUCUUCCAGGCGCAGACUCCUCGAAACUGCAAAAGGACGAUCGAUACCUCUGGCCGUAUGGGCAGGCCAAGCAUCUAGCAGAACGGCUGCUCUUGCGUCAAUCCUCAUCGAUCCCCGUACUUAUUAUUCGUCCGGCGGCCAUUGGACCAGCAAUCUCGGAGCCCUUUGCUCUAUAUGGUCCCGACAAAGCAAUACCGAUGCACACUCUGCUUCUAUGCUUCAGCUUGACGGACCUCAGUCGGGUAGGGAAUACCGACCGUCCUUUCGAAGAAGUUCCUGUCGAUCUCGUGGCAAGCAGCUGUCUGCUUCACCUUGCUGCGAGAACAACAGGGGUCGUCCACUGCGCUUCGCAGCUGUAUGUCCGUCGAACGGCGGCAGAGCUUAUGGCCACCGCGAGGCAGUGCCUCUCAGCGCUGGAGAUAACAGAGCUGUUCCGCAAACCGCGCCCUUCGACGGCCAUCAUGUGGCAGAGCAAGUAUCACUUGGAUAAUAUGGACGAUGCGCCGGAGUUCCACGUUACGUGUGAGCGUUCAGAAUAUCAAAAACAAGUCACUGGUCCCCUCGCACUUGUCCCGGCGAACCAUGAUCCACAUGCUCAUAUGGAGCGACGCAUUCGAAGGAUGUAUCGGGCAAUGCUAGAUGGCAACCAGGAGUGA